CUUGUAUGUAAGGUAGCGCCUAUAUCACGACACCCAGCUGUGGCCUCGCUUUGUGGUUGAUGCCUCGUUACGUUGACAGCUUGCUCGACGGCUCCUCCUUUUCUCCUCGCAUGAAGAUGGCCGGCGGGGUGAGUAAAGAUUGGGUCUGCGGUAAUCCGCUGCCAUCCAUUCAUCCAGGGCAUUGUAAGGCGGGGAUGUGAGUCCAUGGUGUUCAGACAAGUCUCCGCUCACCCUGGCUGUCUUUAUUUGACUGAUUCAGGGCUUGGGGAGCUGUGUGUACCCCGGGAUUUGACACCCCCCCACCCCCGACCGGCAUCACCCGGAACUGGGAACUAGUGUAUGACGGGAGAUAGAGGAGACACGCACCAUGUACAUGGCUAUAGUCAGCGUGUUCUAUACACACCAUUCUAUGCGAUGGAAACCUGUCAGAUAGCACUGACUGUAACCGGCAUUGUGACAGGUCCCUGGUGUCUGCAAUUAAAUGGCUUUAUUUCAACAAUGCCCCAUAUUCCUCUAUCUGUGUAUAUAGCUAGUGCUUUAUGCAGAAGGGUGAGGUUUGGUUACAUGAUAUAUAAUGUAUAGAAUGUGAAUAGCAUUCACGCUUUAAUUUGAGUUAUUAUAUUGUUCUGAGGUUUGUGUGUGUGUGUGUGUGUGUAUGUAUAUGUGUAUAUAUAUAUAUAUAUAUAUAUAUAUAUAUAUAUAUAUAUAUAUAUAAUAUACACACAUACUUUUUUAUUUAUUUUUGGUAUGUGUGUGGAGUAAUGCUUAUAGUGGUCUGCAUAGCGCACAUCCCACCCUCCACUCCUUAAUUUUCAGAACAAAUUCUUGAGGUGGGCCUUCUUUAUUUUACAGGCCUACCAGUACGUUGGUUUCGGCACACCACAACUGACUUGCAUAUAUUUAAUAUUACGUUUUGCCCCGACCACAAAUGUAUAUAGUGUGUGUGUUCUGCUGGUAGUUUUGUGUCUGGUAGUGCACAUGGCUUUCUCUUCAUUUCCUUUCUUGGUGUUUGCUACAUGUUUCAACAAAUUCGUGGGCCUGCUCCCACAUCUUCAUGCAUGCAGUCCUGGCUCCUACCUGCUUUCUAGAUUCACCUACCCUUCCCCCCCCAAAUCUGCAAUUGUUCUCAUAUUCUGCCUCUUUAUUACUGUCAGCUCAAUAAAUCACUGAGAAUAGUGUUUCCAUUGAAAUCUUCCCCACCCAUACUUUAACUAAACUGUAAACCCACACAAUUUAUUGCUAUAUAUUACUAUUAUUACUCCAGUAUUUUUCAUGUGAAAACAUAAAUCACUUCUGCUUGUGACAGAUGCCAAAUGUGCACAGAAUUGACAAUAACCAACCUGGAACUUGUGGGGGCCAUGGACAUUAGGCAUUGAAGUGGUCUGGGUGCAGUGGCCCCGCAGCUGCCCUGCAUUAUUUACAUUGCAGCGCGAAGACAGCCUUUAGUUGCUGUCUACCAGACAGCAACAAGAGGCGCUACCUAGCCUUUCACAGAGUUUGACUCUGUGAAACGACGCUCAUCCAAUGUCUUCUAAAACCCCCUUAAGAAAGCAUUGCGUCAAGGAAGACCUAAUGUGUGUGCGGAUCUUGCCGUGCAUGCGCAGUAGGUCAGUGGAGGAAAAGCUUGACCCAGCACCGAGGGAAAUCAGCCAUGGAAUAGGGUAAGUGACUAAAGGAUUUUUUUUUUUUUAUCCUUUACUUGCCACCGGGGGUGCCAUGAGGAAGGUGGGGGCAGUGGGGACCCUUUAAUGUUAUGAAUACAUCUGUAUUCCUAAUACUGUUUCCCUUUAAACUUACAUAAUGAAAUGCUGCGCAUACAGCUUCCUGACACCAUAACCACUUCAGAUCAGUGAAGUGGUAAUGGUGCUUGGGGUAACCUUUAAAAAGAAAUUCUAAGAGAAUGUGUGUAGUAGGACCUAUAAAAGAGUGAGUCAAAUGCUGACCUGCAACAUUAUAUUCAUGCUUGCCACCAUGGUUUCAUAGACUCUUGAAGUUCUGUAAUCCUAGGUGUGGUGUUAUCGACCCCACCCAACUAUCUGUAACAUCUGAUUCAUGAUGCUAAAUGGAAAUAAGCAAAUCAAGUGCUUUGAUAAUCCUCAGAGCGAGUCAUUAUUUUUAAGAGGUGUAUUUCUGGCACCAAAAUUUUGCAAUUGUAUUUUAUCGCAACCAACAAAUGCCCCUUCCAUUUUAAUGGAAUGCAAUAUGUUUCUUUGAUGGUAAGACACUCGCCAGGCACACUGACUUGCCCACAUUGGAAACCUUGUUCUCACAAGGUCGUAGAAUCCCACUGGAAAAAUAUUUCAGCUCAUCCAUUUGACUAGUUUUACGCACAAAUCUAUGCAUUUAACAAAUUACUUUAUUAACUGUCCUAAUACAGUCACAGUGGUGAAACACAUCCAUCCCAUUGUACAGCGCUACAGAAUUUGUAGGCGCUAUAAGGACCUUUUUAAGUAUUUAAAAUUCGCACCUUUUGCUUAGACAAAAAAUAAAUAGAAAAUACUUGUGUGGGAGACAUUCUUCAUUCUCAGACUUGUGUGUGUGUGGCGUGGGAAAGCGUUUUUUCUUUAAAGUCUGUUACAUAGCAGUUUAAAACUAUGUGCUAUUUUAAGCCUUGAUGCCUUUUUGAGACAUGGCUAUUCAGACAAAUGUGCAUUUGCAGUAUCCUGCUUUCAUGGGAUUUGUAAUGACCUAAGAAGUCUAGCUCAGAUGCACACAUCUUUAGCCCUCGCUGAGCAUGCAUAACUCUUAAAGGAACAUUAAAGCGGAAUACAGGUUUAGUAGUGGGGUGCCCAAAAGGUAGAUUACUAGAUGUUGUAGAACAAAAACUGUAGUUUUAGUCAUUCUAAACAUCUGGGAUCUACCUUUUGAACACUCCUGGAUUAGUGUCUAUAUCUGUUUAAAUACAGGUCCCCCAUCCCCAUUUGUGAUGCCUCCCGUAUUGUCAGAAUGAAGGCAUGGCACACUCUGCCAAUGUCCAAUCCAGUGCUCCUCAGUAGCAUUGGGGUUCACUCUAAACUUCCCAAUAGGAAAGCAUUGAAUCAUUGCUUACUUGUCUCAUUGCCACGGAAGCGCCUCUAGUGACUGUCCAUAGAUAGCCACUAGAGGAAGAUCUAACUCUGCCAUAUGAAUUGCAAAUGUUCAUCGCAGGGUUACAAGGACUGGACCUCUGCACCCAGACCACUGCAUGAAGAUAAAGUGGCCUUGGUGACAUUAGUGGUCCUAUUUAAACUGUACAAAUCCCUAUUUCACAGUGUUUUAUCUUUUUCUUCCUUGCUUUCCACAAUAAAACCUCUUAGGUGCUGACAAGCCCUGUUUAGACACUGCAAAUUUGAAAAAUGUAUUUGUCGUCUUCUUUUAAACCCAAAAAUAUUUCUGGGGUAAAUGUUGCUAUGUUGCCAGUAAUUAAUCAAAUAAAAUGAGAGCAUAUUGUUUAAAUGUUUUCUCCUAAUAGGAGAAACCCAUAUUUAUGUAAUAAAUGCACAUUUUACUAGAGGACAAAUUUAAACAAAAGGAGAACCUCUGGUUUGAAUAUGACACUACAUGAGAAGCCGAAUACUUUGAUUUGAAUCCUUUCUAAAUUCUGUGCUCCAAUACUUUUUUAACUUUCUAUGUUGUGGUGUGUUUAUUUUGUUUUUUUGCUCGAAGCAUGUGUGCCUUAUCUGAAAGUAAAUUUCUGCAGGAAAUAUCAUUUACAUUUGCUCUGUGUCCACAACAAAUCUUAGUUUUAGACAUAGCAGUAUCUGUAAUUAUUAAUGGAAUGCACUAUAGUUGCUGCCAGCAUAUUAUCACAAAUUGCAAGAACCCAGUAAACUGCUAUAAGUUUAUGCACACUAUUGCAUUGUAAGUUGUAGUGGUGAGGUUUUAGAAUAAGUAAUUUGUUACAUUUCAGGUCAAUUUGAAUCUAUCUUUAAUGUAUCUUUUUACAGACUUUGUACACAUACCCUGAUAACUGGAGGGCAUACAAACCCCUCAUCGCUGCCCAGUAUUCAGGGCUUCCCAUCAAGGUCGCUUCCUCGCCUCCAGAAUUUCAAUUUGGCGUAACAAAUAAGACACCAGAAUUCCUUAAGAAAUUCCCACUUGGCAAGGUAAGUGUCAUGCAUGUUAAGGAGCAAGAUCAUGGCGUUAGAAUAUAAGUAGUGAUAAAGAAGAUAACAAGCUAUUAGCAUGCACUAAUUGGAGAUUGACAGAAUGGCUGUUGUAUGAGGAAGAAGGAAUCUAGAAAUAAAAUGGAAGUCUCUGUCCUCUUUGUUAGGUCCCAGCGUUUGAGGACGUUGACGGCUUCUGUCUGUUUGAAAGCAGUGCUAUCGCUCACUAUGGUAAGUAGGUGUCCAGGUUUCCAUUUCCUGUGUUCUGACUUGUUUGUUGCUCCUUUAUUUCUUCUGGAGUAAAAUGUUGUUUUUUUUUUUUUUCCCCCAUUCUUCAUUUUCUGCUUUGCAACAAAUUUUAAGCCCUCUAAAAUGUUUUUUUGCAGUGGGUAACGAUGAACUCCGUGGAACAUCCCGUGUACACCAGGCUCAUAUCAUUCAGUGGGUCAGCUUCUCUGAAAGCCACAUUGUCCCACCAGCUAGUGCCUGGGUGUUCCCAACACUGGGCAUUAUGCAAUACAACAAGCAGGUAUGUUUCUGAAGCUAUAAGGUCCGUCAAAUGGGAGCUGGUUUGAGCUUCCUUCUUUAGUGUGUAUCAAAUUCACCAACAAUCAUACAUUUAAUUUUCCUAACAUUAUUUGCAACAGUCCCAUUUAAUUGCAGGAAAAUAAGUUAACAGUCAGUUUGGUUGAAAGUCUUAGACAAUUCCUUUUUUGUGAUGAAUGAAACAACUCCUAUUACAUGUAAUUAAUGGAUUUAAGACAAAAGAAAACUACAUGGUUUUUAAUUUACUUCAUAACCCACCCUUUAAAAAUCAUGUUUAUCAUACAAUCCCUAUGUACGUCAUGCUCUCCUUUGUCUUACUAAUCAGUAUUGAACAGGGCACAUGGAUGAAGAAAAUAGGAGGGUGGAGGGGAGGAAUUGUCAGAUUUAUUCAGGGACUGUAAUACACUUUAACUUGAAACCAAAGCAGCAUAUUGGACUGCUAAGAUGUUGCUAUUAAUUGUGGGGGAAUCAAUGAAUAGCUCACUAUCUGAAAUGUUGUACUUUUAAAAUAUGAAACGCUUAUUAAAAAAACGUUUUCUACACCAUGGAUGCCCAAAAGGUAGAUCCCCAGAUGUAGAACUAAAACUCCCAUGAUGCUUUUAGAAUGAUAAAGCAUCAUGGAAGCUAUAGUUGUAAAACAUCUGGGCAUCUACCUUUUGGGCACCCCUGUUCUACACACUGCAAGCAAGUUCGGUUUCUCUUGGAGUAUCCCUUUUUAAAUUGCACAUUCGCAUAGAAAUCUGUCCGGUUUAAUUUUUCUUAUUUUCUUUGAUCUUUCCCAAGGCAACAGAACAGGCCAAGGAGGAGGUGAAGCAUGUGCUGGCUGCACUAGAUUCCCAUCUGCAGACACGAACCUUCCUGGUUGGUGAGAGAAUCACUUUGGCUGACAUUAAUGUAGUGUGCUCACUCCUGUGGCUUUACAAACAGGUAUUACUUUAAUACUCUCUGGUACAUGUCCAUUCCUGCCUUCAACAAUCUCCCAUCUAUUCUUUUCCAUUUCCCCAAUGGUUUACAAACUAGUUGUAAUGUUGCCUUUUUAUUUCAUGUACCCUCUAUAGGUUUUGGAUCCGUCCUUCCGCCAACCGUUUGGCAAUGUCACACGAUGGUUUGUAACUUGUGUAAAUCAGCCACAGUUCCGUGCUGUGCUUGGAGAGGUGAAGCUCUGUGACAAAAUGGCUCAGUUUGAUGGUGAGUAUAAGCCACAUAUGCAGUGCUCCAGGUUGCCUACCCCUGCAUGUUUUACAUUGCAGGGUUACCAAUACAGGACCACUUGCAUCCAAACCAUUUCAUUGAGAUGCCUGUGGUCCUUAAAAAGACAUAAAACCAGUGACCUCUCCGUGCACAAACCUGAACUAGUCUUGUGCCAUUAUAACCAUUCCCACACCCAUAUUUCUGGUAACAAUGGAAAAGGUAUUAAAAAGCAAGUCCAGCAUCAUGGCCAAUACAGCAGGCUGUAAUACAUGUAGCCUCAGAUUGCUAUUGCUGUUCUGCCUCAUAUAUUAGAGGCAUCCGCAAUUACCUGGUGCAUGCCAGGUUUGAUGUGUGCAGCAUGAGUAACGCAAGACACCAAUGCUGCACUUGUAUCACUUAGUGUGGUUAUAGAGUAAUUAUGUUGGGGUGUGGGUCCCUGGUCUUACCACUUUCUUUCUCUUGCACAUACUAAUCUUCUGCCAUAUUAAAUAAGGUGUACGAAAGUUGGUAUGAGUUAAUGUAGGAAGCAGAGAACCUAGAAAAGAGUGACUUUUGUCUGGUUCCUAUAAAAAGCAUUUGUUUCAAAAAUAACUUACUUCAACAGCUAAGAAGUUUGCAGAGCUUCAGCCGAAGAAAGAGACACCCAAGAAGGAGAAACCACCAAAGGAGCCAAAGAAAGAAAAGGAAGAAAAGAAGCAGCCUCCUGCUCCAGCUCCUGAGGAGGAGAUGGAUGAGGCAGACCAGGCUUUGGCAGCAGAGCCCAAAUCAAAGGACCCAUAUGCCCACCUCCCUAAGAGGUACCUUUUUAAUAUAAAUUAUCCAUUUGUAAGUCUUGUUAGUUGCCCUGUUUCUGGUCUAGUUGCUACUCUUCUCUUCUUAUUUUAAUGGCAACAUACCUGGUAAUUCGGUCCUCAAUUAUUGCGCUGUUUUUAAACUUAAAGUGCAGAGCGUAAACUUGAGCUGGGGUUUCCCUAAGUCAAAGCUCUCCUCUGUUUGUCAAUUCUUUUGUAAAGCACUGCAGAAUAAGUUGCGCCUUGUAAAUGUGAACCCCUUGCUAUUUAAGCCUUUCAGGGGAUUAUUUACAGAUCUCUUACGAAGCCCAACGUUGGCUAUGGUUGCUGUUUCUUAAAGUGGGAGCAUGCCAGCACUUCACUUCUAUUCAGAUGGUAUGGGUUCGGUCUUUAAUGGUACAAUUAAGCUAAAAUCUGAAGUUGGAGACUAACUGGAAAAACAGACUAAUUUAUUUUAUCAGUCCCAUUGUUAUACCCAGUCUUAAUUUGCUACGCACUGAAUUUCUUUGUUACCGUCCGUAUACCCAUUGUAAAGAAUUGCUCUAGGUCUUUGUGAAAAUCUGAUGUUCACAAUUUCAGUCUGACAUGCUUCAUUCUGCCCUCAGCCCUUUUGUUAUGGAUGAAUUCAAGAGGAAAUAUUCUAAUGAGGACACUCUGACUGUGGCUCUUCCUUAUUUCUGGGAACAUUUUGACAAAGAAGGAUGGUCAAUCUGGUACUCUGAGUAUCGCUUCCCUGAUGAACUGACUCAGGCAUUCAUGAGCUGCAAUCUCAUUACAGGUAAGAAGUCUUUGUAUUCCGUGGUGACUGGUGACAUUUCAAGUGGUGGGGUGCCAAACUAGACACAUGGACUCUUCCCCAAAAAGUUUUCAAUCACUAACGGGUCUAUAUGGCACCACUACUACUUAGCCAUGCAGACAUAUUCCUAUUAAUGAGUUAUAUAACUUGGACAUUUUGAGGCUUAAAAAUGGUAUACGGUCUCUGGCUUUUUAUUUUGUUUGUUUAUUAAACAAAACAAACUGCAGUGCUGCCUCGAUCCGCCUCCUUGGUUGUGAGCUUUAGCAUUGAUGAUUACAGCCAAUCACAAUGCUUUAACAUAGGAAAGCAUUGGCUUGGCUGUGAUAAUCAGUUCUAAUGACGUACUUGAAAACCAGAUUAAUCUGAAUGUGCUUUUCCUGGUUAAAUUUAUUAUCUCAGCCAUGGGGGCGGGGCCAAAUGCCGCCUUAGCCAAUCCGCAUCUCCUCAUAUAUACAUUGAUUUAAUGCAUCUCCAUGGGGAGUGUUCAGCCUCUGAAGAGUGGCCACUAAAGGUGUUCCUAGGCACUAAUGUAAAAACAUUUUCAGCAAAAUGCCUGCAGGGACCUGGUAUAGACACCAGAACAUAUUAAGCUGUAGUUGUUCUGGUGACUAUAGUAUCCCCUUAAUUCAAAUUGCACGUGUAAUUCAGAAUUUAGCCACAAGAUGCCGCCAAAACAUUACUUUAAAAAAAAAACUGUAAAAUGUUAGCGCAUCUAAAGCAAACAAGCCUUAACCAGGCUGCUUUAAUGGCAGGUACCUGCUGUUGGAGUAGUGCCUGUUGCUUUCUGGCCAUGGUGCUAGGCUCAGUGCAGACAGGGUCUGAGGGACCUUUUAGUAUUAAUGUAAAGCAGAUACCUGCUGUCCGUGUGGUGCUUGAUUUUUAACCAUAUCAGGGGAGGGAGGCAAGGGACAAGCACUGAUGAGUGAUGCCUGCCUGUAUAUCCAGGUAGGAAGCCAGGUGGUGAGUGUGGAAUUGUGCCAGUAUGUCCUACUAAUGGUGGUAAGCACUGUUUUUUAAAAUCAGGUGCCUACCUAUUUUCUUUCAAUAAAGAAAUUAAUACUAACUUGUCACUGCUGUAAAUUACUACCUAAUAAUAUUGACCCUGUUCUUAUCGCAAUCUUACCCUCUGCAGGUAUGUUCCAGCGACUGGACAAGCUACGUAAAACUGCCUUUGCCAGUGUCAUUCUAUUUGGCACCAACAAUGACAGUACUAUCUCCGGAGUGUGGAUAUUCCGAGGUCAUGACCUUGCAUUCACAGUAAGUGUAUUCUAUAAUGAACAACUAGUAUCAAAUUCUUGGGAGGGGGUGCUAUGCAUGCGAAAUAUUGCUAACUUGCUCCAUCCCUUUACAGCUGAGCGAGGACUGGCAAAUUGACUAUGAAUCCUACAACUGGAGGAAACUGGAUUCCGAUAGUGAGGAGUGCAAGACUCUUGUGAAAGAAUAUUUCUCAUGGGAGGGAGAAUUCAAAAAUGUAGGAAAGCCUUUCAACCAGGGCAAAAUCUUCAAGUGAGGUCCUCAAGGAGGGCAAGCAGAACUGUCAUCUAGAGAAAUGUGGAGAUUCAUUGAAAAAAAUGUUCUCUUCAUGCCCAACGUUUUAAUUUAACAAAGGCGAUAAACGGAAAAUAAACUCAGUCAAAAAAAAAAA